AUGGUCUUCUUCUCCGUUGUUCAGUCCCUCGCCCCCUUGCCGUCGCUGCUCAGCCUCUCAUUCCCUCGUCGUCGUUGCCCACUCCUUGCUGUCGCCGCAGCUCCUCGCUGUCCGCUCAACCCGCAGCUCCUCGCCGUCGCCGCUCUGCCCGCAGCUCCAGCAUGUCGUCGCUGCUCAGUUAUUCAUCUCUUGGUUGCCGUCGCUGUGAGAUUGGCCAUCGCCAUUGCAUGUGAGCCUGUCACCGGAGCCCCUUCUCUUUGUCUCUCUGAGUCUGUGACUUGGGAGAGUAUCCACAGCCAAGUGGAAGGUGCAGGUGGCAUCUUCCUCUCUCUGGCAAGAUACGAGCAGGAUGUGCUUGUUGUCGAAAGCCAUGACCGCCCCGGCGGGGCUGCCCAUUCUUUUGAUAUCAAAGGCUACAAGUUUGAUUCCGGUCCAUCUGUAUUCUCUGGCUUGCAAUCAAAGGGUUCUCAGCCUAAUCCUCUUGCCCAGGUUCUAGAUGCAUUGGGCGAGUCUAUCCCAUGUGCCACUUAUGAUUCAUGGGAUGUCUACAUCCCUGAAGGUGACUUCAGGUUUCGAGUAGGGCCUACGGAAUUUUUGAAGGACCUUGAGAAGUAUGCAGGACCAAAUGCUGUUCAAGAAUGGAAGAAACUUAUGGAUGCCAUACUUCCACUUUCAACAGCAGCAAUGGCGCUUCCUCCUCUAUCUAUUCGAGGAGAUUUUGGCGUUCUUUCGACAGCAGCAGUUAGAUAUGCUCCUUCUCUCAUAAAAUCAUUUGUUCAAAUGGGAGGACCUUUUGGGGCCAAAAAACUUUCCAGACCAUUCUCGGAAAUACUUGAUGGAUUGGACAUAAAAGACCCUUUCAUACGGAAUUGGAUUGACCUAUGGUCAUUCAUAUUUUCAGGGUUGAAAACUAAUGGUGUAAUCUCACAAGAGAUGGUGUAUAUGCUUGCAGAAUGGUACAAACCAGGAAGCUGUCUAGAAUUCCCCAAUCAUGGAAGUGCUGCUAUUGUUGAUGCUCUUGUAAGAGGACUCGAGAAAUUUGGUGGACGGAUUUCUCUUCGGAGUCAUGUGGAAAAAAUUGUUGUUGAAAACGGCAGAGCCAUUGGAGUCAAGCUGAGAAGUGGUCAAUUCAUACGAGCUAAAAAGGCUGUUGUGAGCAAUGCAUCAAUGUGGGACACUUUGCGUUUGCUGCCUAAAGAUGUUAUUCCGAAGUCUUACUCGGAUAAGAUUAAAACCACCCCUCAAUGUGAAUCGUUCCUGCAUCUCCAUUUGGGAAUCGAUGCUGAGGGUAUCCGCGACGAUCUGGGGAUUCAUCACGUAGUUGUAAAUGACUGGGAAAGAGGUGUUGAUGCUGAACAGAAUGUAGUGCUGGUAUCAGUACCCAGUGUACUUAGUCCUGAUAUGGCACCACCUGGGAAACAUGUGUUACAUGCUUAUAUACCAGGAACUGAACCAUUCGAGUUAUGGGAAGGACUUGAACGUACGAGUCCCGAAUACAGAAAGCUCAAAGCUGAGAGAUCAGAGGUAAUCUGGAAAGCUGUGGAGCGAGUGCUUGGCGAAGGCUUCAGGAGGGAGAAAUGUGAAGUGAAGCUAGUUGGAAGUCCACUGACACAUAGAAGGUAUCUUAGAAGGCACAGAGGAACAUUUGGGCCAGCACUGGAAGCUGGCAAAGAAAGCUUUCCUGGCUCUUCAACUCCCAUCCCACAGCUCUUCUGUUGUGGAGACUCCACCUUUCCUGGAAUUGGGAUCCCUGCCGUUGCUGCCAGUGGUGCAAUUGCAGCAAAUUCAUUAGUUUCAGUGUCUCAACAUUCCCAGUUGCUUGAUGCAAUUGGUAUAUGAAAACCGCACAACAUGAGAGUCUUUGUGUCUUCCUUCUCAAUUGAGAUAUUGUAUUGUUUAAUUAUUGUGUGUAUCUAUUAGAAAUUUUAGCUACAGGGAAUAAAAUCUCAGCUCUUUUUACCAAA